AUGGAAAAUGGCAGAGUAGCUUUGAAGACGUUUGUCUGUCAUCGAUGCGAUAGGAACUUCGCCAGGUUGGAGCAUCUCCAACGUCACGAAAGAUCUCAUACCAAAGAGAAGCCUUAUCACUGUGUUCUAUGUACCAGAGCCUUCACACGCAAAGACCUACUGACGCGACACUUCCGGCUGCAUCAUCAUGGACCUAAGGACGCUGGCCAGCGAAACGAGUUCAAUGCCGAUCUGGAUCAGGGCAGCUCCAGAGGCGACGACGUGGAUGAGUUAUGGACCGACGCCAGAGCUGUGACACGGCUCGCCUUGACAGCAACCAGCAUUGAAGAGCCCACGUACCCAAACGAGUCUUUGACCGUCAGAAGCGAGGAACAGCGACUUGCCGAUGACAUCUUCGAGGAUGUUGCGGCUCCAUCACAACUUCAUGCUGAGGUCGGAACAGAUAUGGGGAGCACUGGCAUCGACGGUUCUUUCUCUGAUCUUGAUUCAGGCAUUUCCAAUGUGAUACCCAGCCAAUUCGGGUCAUUCGCUCCUGACUUCGCAGACGACUUCUCGGCAUUCAUGGACGCAGUGCCUAAUCUUUCUUACACGUUCUCACCUACAUACCAACCCUUGCCGGUGUUCUUCAACGAUCCAGACCCGUCUCUGCAGGCCACUAUCAUGGCGGGUAAUGCCUCAGUGGGCGUCGAACAACACAAUGGUCCUCGACUCGAGAGACCGUCAUCGUCGCUACAAACCGACUCCAUGUUGUCCCGUUACGGCUCCCGGCUUCCUUCUCUUCAGCCCGAGGACAAGCCCUUAGCCAUCACUACGGACAAGCACAGGCUGAAAUUGAACGAUCGCCACUUCCUUGUGACGGCAGAUUGCCGGCAAUGGCUCAUCAACCAUUGUGUAGCCUGCUUCGGCGACUCUGUCGACCCUGGCUUCACCCUCCCCUCGCGACAUGCCCUAUCCCGUUACAUUGGCAGCUAUUUCAAGAACUUCCACGACCACUACCCUUUCUUUCAUGUUCCCACAAUGCGGAUGGAAGAAAUGAAUGCUGAGUUGCUCCUGGCAAUCGCAGCACUCGGAGCUCGAUACACACGGGAGGAAGAUGCUGGGAAUGAUCUGUACACCACGGUAAGGUCGAUAGCAAUGGAGAGACUUCGCAAGCAUCGAAACACUGGGGUAGCCGAGCAUCGAAGCCGACGUGGUUCAAAGUCCAGGAACGGCGUCAAUCAAUUCGACCAUGACCCGUCCAUCUCUGAAACUGGUGAGGGCGAGGCUCAGAUUGUACAAUUGAUGCAAACAUUGUUGCUUCUGAUCGCAAUCGCCACGUGGUACAAGCGAGAGCCGGCUGCAGCGGAAGCACUAUCCAUUCGUAGCGUUCUACACUCCCUUACCCAGGAAGACGACGCGCAACAGAAGCAGGUCCCCCUAGCAGGUGAUUGGAGAAGCUGGACGCGACACGAGACUCUGAAACGAACCCAGCUUGUGAUAUUUUGCUUAUUCAACAUUCACACCAUCCUCUUCGACCUCCCGCCUAUGACGCUAGCAAGCGAACUGGACCUCGAUCUGCCAUGCUCCGAAGGAGAAUGGAGAGCAGCUACUGAGCAAGAUUGGCAUGGUCUGAGAAAUGCUAGCAUUCCGGAGGCGCCCCACCAAAGUUUCAAAGAGGCUCUUGUCGAUCUGUUUGCUGGCAAUGAGGACUCGAACAAACCAUCUCAGCCAAGUGGAGCAGGGUUCUCAGCCUUGGCCGGAUGUGCGCUUAUCCACGCCGUUAUCCAACAGAUCUGGCUCGUGCGCAAUUCUCGAAUUCCCUCCCUCAAACACGGCCGGAGAAACCUUACGAGCGAGGAAAUCAACACAUUCGAGUAUGCUCUCAAACGCUGGGCAUAUCAUUGGGAACGGAACCAAGAGUCGUCGAUGGACCCUCUCAGCCCGGAUGGACCAGUCACUUUCACGUCGACGGCUCUUCUACGACUAGCGUAUAUCCGUCUCAACAUGGACCUUGGGCCCGUAAGAUCGUUGACCAGUUGGGAUCCGGACGUUGUCGCGCGGUCGUUGCAUCAGAGUGCGAAAGCCGAACGGAACGAAAAGCUGACCAGAGCUGCGCUGCAUUGUGCUCAUGCCCUCAGCAUUCCCGUCAAGCUUGGCAUCAAUUAUGUUGCCCAGACACAGCUGAUACAUUGGUCAAAUCAGCACGCCCUGUGCUCUCUAGAAUGUGCCCUGCUGCUGGCGAAAUGGCUCCAAGAGGUUAGCACGACAGAGCCCACUCCACCUCUCACCGCCUCCGAAAAUCGAGUCUUGGAGUUCGUUGUGCAACUGGUGGCCGAAACCGAAUACAAAGUCAGCUGCCAGCAGAUCCUGCAACAAAAGAAUCGCUUGAGCGCCAUGACUGUCCGCUUAUGGGCCAAACUAUACCAAUCAAGCAGCGUCUGGGAGACGGUAAAUCUCAUUGGGAGGUCGCUGCAGAUCUAUGCAGAGUUGUUGGAAGCCGACGGUAGGUAG